AUGCCACGAUUAGAGAGAUUCGAAUUUUAUAUUUGCUCAGGCAUUUAUUUUCGUAAACAAAUUUAUCUACCAUCGAAAGAAGAUAUUCAACAUACAUUCAGAGAUUUUAAAGAUGAUCAAGUUAUUUCUUAUGUUGAUUAUUUCCAAGAAGAACCAUAUAGUCUAUGUCAUAUCUAUUUGUAUCCUGGCCAAUUAAAAUAUUACUAUACUGUAACAAAUAAUUUUCCAGGUGUCUUAUUUACAUGUGUUCGUAAAAUAUCUUUAUAUGAUGAACGUCCUUUUGAACAUGAAUUUUUUCUUCGAAUUGCUCAAUCAUUUCCAAUUUUGAAAAUACUUUCUUUAAAAAAUUCUAAGCCACAAAAUAACAAACUAUACAGAGAAUCAAAGAAUGACAAUCAAGAUUUUUCGAUCAUUAAAUAUCCUUAUCUUACUAAUCUUACACUUUACUUUGCUCAUGAUGAUUAUAUCGAAGAAUUUCUGGUUGAUACGAAAGUAUGUUUACCGGAUAAUGCUGUUCAUCUUAACAUUGAUUAUGAACAACUAAACAGAGUGACACACAAUUUUACAAGAGAUAUAACACGAAUCAAUUGUGCAAAACUGGGUUCUUUAUGUCUGAAUGGUCGUCGACUUCCUAACUAUGCAAAAGACUAUUUUCCAAUGUAUAAAUAUCGAUUAUUAUCAAUGCUUAUGUAA